GAAGAUAUAUUAUACCUACAGACUGUUAUCUAGUACCCUACAAACUUUUUAUUCCAAAAUUUGCUUAUUGUUGUAGAGUUCUAUCAGUGUUACGAUGAACGGCAAUAAAAACCUAUAUUAUAAGGUUACAAGGAAUUACAAGAAGAGUUAAUAGUAGAAUGAGAGGUUGAUAGUAGUGAAUAUACAACAUAAGUGAACGAAAAUCUGUGUAAUUUGGAAAGGAAGAAAAUGCAUGUUGGUGAAAUUGUAAUCAAUCAACUGAAAAAUGUUCAGAUUGAGUAGUGUCAUUAAAAAAAAUAAUGGCUAAUAGAUACGAAAAAGUUAUAGCAAGAACGAGAUGAUGAGAAGGGGUAAUUUUUUGUCUGGAAAAUAGUGACUGAAAAUGCAAGGAGAAGUAUUGUAUGGCACAAAUAUGAAGUUAAGAUGGUACAUAAUCAGUCGGACUGGAUCGCAAUGGAUACUAGACAACUUGUUGGUCGAUAGUGAAGGCUUGUGUAAUGACGAAAAUAAUGGGAAGUCAUUAAUAACAGGAAGAAAACUAAAUUGAUAGCAGACGUUCGUGCCAGCAUUUGAGAGUAGUUCAAACGAAAGCGUUCAUUGUUAACUCAGUUGCACACAAGAGCCAAACGCGUUUAGUGUGCAAGCUCGCUGGUGUGUAUUCGAAAAGUUAUCUGUAGUGGACAACGGGGACUACACAGCACGUGCCACUCUCACCCUCGCCUUGCUCUUUACUGUACAUUGAACUAGCCCUUAGUUCAAACCUUAUGUACGCGCGUGUGUGGGAAUUGGUUACAUGUAGAAGAGUACAUACUACUAUUUUGUACUGAAUUCCGCAAUCGGCACUACACUAAAAAUAAUUAGCUAGUGCUGUGGGAAUUGGAACCGUUAUUUGGAAUCGAGCGCUUCAUAAUAACAACGUUGUGGUGGUGGCGGCAUCAGUCACGUUUGUAAAGACGGAUUCUGUAAAAUAAUUGCACCACAGCUAGACUGGCUCGGAACGGUGAAGCACGGGGGGCAGAGUCUCCCGAUACAUCACCGGAAGGCGGAGCCACCUGCUGGUGGGCCCCUUGGUCAGCGAUGGGUUGCUUUGGAUCGGCAGGAUCAAAACAGUCGGACUCGAACAGUUCUGAGGAUACAAAAAGUCAGAAACGACGGAGCGAUGCCAUCACAAGACAGCUACAGAAAGAUAAACAGGUUUACAGAGCCACUCAUAGGCUGCUAUUACUUGGCGCCGGUGAAUCCGGAAAAUCAACAAUCGUCAAACAAAUGAGAAUAUUGCACGUUAACGGAUUUUCUGACACAGAGAGAAAACAGAAAAUUGAGGAUAUCAAAAAGAAUAUAAGAGAUGCCAUAUUGACAAUUACCGGUGCAAUGAGCACAUUAACACCUCCUAUUCCAUUAGAGAAACCAGAAAAUCAAACCAGAGUAGACUACAUACAAGAUUAUGCAUCAGGUCCCGACUUCAACUAUCCACCAGAGUUUUACGAAAAUACCGAAGAAUUGUGGAAAGAUCGCGGCGUUCAGCAGACCUACGAGCGAUCGAAUGAAUAUCAACUAAUCGAUUGCGCUAAAUAUUUUCUGGAUCGUGUUAGUGAAAUCAAACAGCCUAAUUAUACUCCAACCGAGCAGGAUAUACUAAGAUGUCGUGUUUUGACGUCUGGUAUAUUCGAAACUAGGUUUCAAGUUGAUAAGGUUAACUUUCACAUGUUCGAUGUUGGAGGUCAGCGGGAUGAACGACGCAAAUGGAUACAAUGUUUUAAUGAUGUCACUGCAAUCAUAUUCGUGACGGCGUGCUCUAGUUAUAAUAUGGUCCUUCGUGAAGAUCCUACACAAAAUCGGCUGAGAGAGUCUCUGGAACUGUUCAAAAGUAUUUGGAAUAAUAGGUGGUUACGAACAAUAUCAGUAAUAUUGUUCUUGAACAAACAAGACUUGCUAGCAGAAAAAAUUAAGGCUGGUAAAAGCAAACUUUCUGAUUAUUUUAGUGAGUUCAAUCGAUACCAGACACCGGUAUCUGCAUUUAAAGCUGAUGCCGUCUGUGAAAUGGGAGAAGAACCGGAAGUGAUUAGAGCGAAAUAUUUUAUAAGAGAUGAAUUUUUGCGUAUAUCGACAGCCAGUGGUGAUGGCAAACACUAUUGCUAUCCGCACUUUACCUGUGCAGUAGAUACCGAAAACAUCAAAAGAGUUUUCAACGAUUGUAGAGACAUCAUUCAGAGAAUGCAUCUGCGACAGUACGAACUGUUAUAGAUAUACUUAACGAUUUUGAUGCAACCUGGUAGUUUCAUUUUAGUUGUGUCUAUCGUAAAAAUAUCAAACCUAGCCAAACUUUACUAAUUUUAUAUAAAAAGCAAACAAAUAAUGAUUAUCCAUUAAUCAGAACAAAAAAAAAAAAAGGGAACCUAUGCAAACUAAACAACACAAAACAAACAAAUAAAAAAACGGAAGGCAAGACGAAAGAAGCUAAUCAACCAACAGUGAUUUGAGUUUGAAUUAGCACAUUCAUGUAAUCGCAUCCAGACGCACCCUGACCGGAACGGGAGAGGUGAGGCAAGGAAAAGCUUCCGAUGGUGAGAACUUCACUAGAGUCAGCUAACCUAAGUUUGUAGUCAAACCCAAAAACAACUAACAAGCACACACGUAAGUAACAAUUGUAUCUUGAAUUGGAGAGAACAGCGAUUAUUUCUCGCAAACCGAUGAUUUUUAAAUCGAUCGAGAAGAAGAACGCAGCAAAAACUAAAACAACAACAUAACCUGUAGUCACCGUCGUUACUAUAAACUGCAAACAUGCAAAUAUGAUAACAAGCAUCAAACUAAAGAUUGAUAGAGAAAACAAAAUGGGUGUAGUUAAAUACUGAAAGUAAGAAUAGUGUGAAAGAGAUAGCAGAGAUUCACCGCCAUAUAAAGAAAUUAAAAAUAAGAAAAGGAACACACGCAAACAAAACCUAGCAAAUCGCUUUUAGACUUUUCAGUGAAUAACAAAAAGAAAACACACAUAUGUAUGUUGUAUAAGCAUAAAUAGUUAUUAAUGAAAGAGGAAGUCAUGUCGUUGUCAUGCUAGUGGCGAAAAAAAACUAAGUCUUAGUAGUCUGUAAACUGUUUUUAUUUUUUUGAUUAAUUUUAAUUUUUUGAUGGAACGGUAGUGCAUAAAAAGAACAAACUUAACAAUCAACACACAAAUGCAUGCAGAACACCCACAUACAAAGAUACAUGUAUACACAUUUAAACCACACUCAAGCUGUAAAAUAAAUUUUGAAAGCAAAUGGUAAGCCCAACAGGUUUAAUAUUUUCUAGGGCACAGUGUUUUUUUUUAAAUUCAGAAGAAUAAUUGCUUCUAAAUUCGUCCAAAAAUCAUUACGCAUUAUUGUUAUAGAUCUAUUUCCAGUAUUUUUUAAUUAUUGUAACAUGUAUACACAUAAUUAUUAUACAUACAUAAAGUUCAUGCGUUUUUUUAUCGUUUUAGCAGGCUACCGGCGUCGAUUUUCUCUUUUUUAAUGCUCUAUUGAACUCUCAGCAAUUAGCGUAAUUUUACCGUUUACUCUUACCUAUUAUUUGACCAUUACGGUGUCAUAUGUCGAAUUUGUUAAAGUUACAAUGGUUGAGUUAUUGGUUUUUAGUAAACACCUAAUUGUAUGCUGCUUACAAAAUGCGAACAACUUUGUCAUUGCAAUUGUAACACUGGUAACAUGACAUAAAUCAAACAAAAAUUAAUUGAACGUACAGAAGCUUCAUACAUAAUCUGAGACGAUAUAACUAAUUAAGCAUUGAAAGACAGAAAGUGUGAACCGGAGUCCGCAUUUUAGACAAUUUUACCUUGUUGCAAUCGAAAAAGGAAAUAUCAGAGAAAUAUUAUUUGUUUAUGUAUUUAAUAAUUUAUAAUGUAGAUGUUUUAUGUUUAUCCUGUGACAUAUAUAGCAAAAAUAAACGGUAAAAAGGCAAACAAAAAUAGUAGACAAAUAAUGAUAGGGUAAAUUACAAAUUUGCAGCUUAACGAAAAUGCAAUUGAAAACAAUCAGCAUAUGGACUGAUGUUGCACGAACUAAUGACAGCAAAUAUUUGGGCAGAAAACAACCCUGAAAAUUUAUGCAAAACCGAAAAACAAAACUGAAGAAUAAAUGGAUCUGAAUCUCGGAACCGGAUAGUUUCGAAAAUCUGGUGACAGAAUGCUAAAAUAAUUUCUAUGCCCUCAGCAGAUUACGCAUAUCGCAUUUGAUUUCCUAGUUUGUCGUUUUAUCUUUUUAGGAGGCGAGUGUCAAAGCAGUAUACUAUCACAAAAGAGUGAUGACGGAAAUUAUCAAGUUUGAUUUACAAUUGAUUAACAUGAAUGUUACUGCCCUACAACUGCAGGAUUUAAUUCACUGCACACACCUACACAAGUCUCAAAAAGAUAUAUUUGUCAGCGAUAACAAGUUCUUUAAUCUUCAAAAAGCCAAUUUGAAAAUAUUACGCAACAAACUAUAAAGAACGUAGCAUGAAAAGAUUUCAUUUAAAAAACAUAAAAUGGCAAACUGACAAAAAUGUUAUUUUUCUAUGUCUUGGACCAAAAAAAAAAAUUACAAGCCACAUACACCGUGUCAUCAACUAAUACUUUAGCAAAGAAUGUCACCUGUGUCACCAAUGUGUCAUAUACCUAUUUUUAUAAAACCUUUUAUUAGAAAGAUUUGUUGAAUAUGUCGUUUAUGGCUUGUAUUUUAAAUAAUUUUAACCUUCAUCAAUCAUUCGUUAUUGCAUUCAAAAAAUAAUCUUUCCAUCCAAUCCAUAGCCCCACGCAUACUACAGUUAAAAAACAAUUACGUACACAGAAAUGAUAUCCUAUAAAGAAUACAAACAUGCAGCCAAGUAGACCCGGAAGAAUCUGAAAAGUGUCGAAGGUAAGAGUGAAAAUACGACAGAGAGAUGUCUAGAUUAUACUGUUAUUUAUUUUAAUCCGUUUUCACAAAACGCUAAAUCUUGUUGAAUUCAUAAUCAAAAAAGAAAAAAAUAAUACGUUCUCUACCAUCCCCUCCCAGAGAAAACUAGAUUUUAUUGUUAUCUAUUUUAAAUAUUUAAGUCGAGAGCGAUUGUAAGCAUAAGGUUAAAAAACAAACAAACAAAAAUCUACACAAACACACAUGCAGAAACAAUAGGAAAAGAAUGCAUACAGAAAAGAAGGUAGAAAUAACUGUGUAUAACUCUUUUAUAUAGUUGUGUAGAGUAUAUAUGAGAAAAAAUAUGGACAGAUACAAUAUUAAGAAAAGAAAAUAGUCAUACCCGUAGAAAAAUGAUACAAAGUCGCACAAAUAGAGAAGAAAAUAAAGCAAGCAGAAAUGUAACCAAGUUUUAUUUUGUUUCGUUUUUCCCGUACGUUCCGUUCGCUUAUUUUGACAGUCCAUUUCGAUUACAGGCUUUAGUUUCACCAAAUGUAGAAAUACAUGUUAUGAAUCAUUUUAUUAUAUACCUAUACUCUAAAGGCACUAGAGCAGGAUAUGUCAGCUCGAAUGUAACACUCAGCUAGCUUGCCAUAAAUGCGCCACCUCAUUCAGAGCGAUGAAAUUCUUCAGCGGGUCCGUUGAACUGCAAAAGGACUCCUUGUUAAGUUAUUAAAAAAAAUCUUUCCUGAAAAGCGCUUAUAUUGGUCCUCGUCAGAUGCGAUUGAUGGUCAGAAAAGAUUUUAAUGUCUUUAAUCAACUUGAAUUAUUUUUCAAAGAAAGCAGUGCAACCCAUACAAGUUCUCGAGUUCCGAUCACCUUUAUCCUUGCUUCGGCCGUAUCCGACUUUCGUAGGAAAAGACCGAUUCGAACGAAUUGCGAGAAAUGGUAUUCCCACUUUCAAAUAAGCUAAACAGAGGGGCUAUUGAGCGUUCGAAUUGAUUGGAACAAAAACGAAAAUGUUAAUCUCCGAUACGGCCGUAAAUAAGAAUAAGGAUGAAUAACUUAUGUUUCGAUUAGCCUUUCGCUCGAUCUCGAUCAAAUAUUUGAUUUGAACCUGAAUUUUCUAAUGUCGAGUUUAUUUCUAUGGUGUAGCUACACAUUCAACUCAAUCAUCAGAUUCCUUGGGUAAUGAAGAUCACCACAUUUAAUCUAUGGCGAAAAAAAACAAAAUAUGAUAACGUCAAAGAUUGGAAGAAGUGAUUUAAAGUGGGGUUUAAGAAAUAGAUGUACGAUUCCGCAACUAGUUGGAUUUAAGCGUACUUGUUUCUCUCAUGUCUGAUAUUUUUUUCUAUACGAAUAAUUUUACCAACCAAAUAGUAUCCAAAUUGAAUCAUUUAGCAUAAAUCCCAAGUACAUAUGAAGCAAAGUGAAUACCGACUUAUAUAGGUGAACAAGUCUGCAAAUUUCACAUGGAUGUAUACAAUUCUUCAGCCCAAGUUUGUUUGCAAAGAGGUGCGUUAUUCAUUCUAGAAUCAAAUUUAACUUUUUCAAUUAUCUUAUAUUCAGUUUCUUAUAAAAACAGUUUGAUUUUAUUGUUCGAGAAUUUUUAGCAGUGAUAAGUAUCAUGGCCACUUUUUAUAAUUUUUAUGAUGUUAAUAAAUACAUUUCUCUUACUCAAACUCCGAAAUCUGUUCACGAAUGAAUUUUUCACAGCCACUAAAAAUGAUUUAAAUAUCAGAAGUCCCAUCUCACUGUAAAAAUACAGCGAAGAAGCAUUACGAUGUAGUAAAUUUUUGCGCAAAAGCAAUAAAUAAAAAUCCGAAAUUGGGCGUACAGUAAUUGAGCGCUUGUAUGCAUAAUAUGAUAAACUCGUGUGUAUUAGAGAGGAAAAAUGUGAUUAUCUUUCGUGCAAUAUGAAAUGUAUUAGAAUGUUUUCUACGGAUUGUAAGUGAAUAUUCGAAAUAUCAAAUGUUGUACUUCGUCAUCAGCAGCGUCCUGACUCUAUUCCCAAUAGACCAUACCAAAAAUUUGUACAGAAGACAGAAACUAUAUUUACACUGUUCCCUACUCUAUUUAUUACCCUAGACAAAAAAGAUCAUACAAAUUUUUAUUUUCAACUAGAAGUUCUGUUGCAAAUGGAUAUUUCACUGGUUGAAACUGAUAUCGGUAAGUAAGCAUGCUGCAUAAGUUCCACCUAAACUACUCAUGCGUGAAAACCUACAUAAAAUAAGAAAAAAAAAAACAAUUAUGAAUGUUUAGAGAACUGGACAACUGUUUAGAUUCGUAAUUUAUGAAAAAAUACACCCUGUCUGAUCAAGAAUGAAUUCCAAAAUAAGAAGUUUGCUACUUCAAAGUGAAUAAAGGGAAACAGAAAAAAUAACCAACGCUAAAUCAAACAUAUUCGUAAAUAGGUAUUGAAGUAAUUGAAUAAUAUUAACAAUAAACAAACUAUUAACAGAAAAAAAAGCAUACAGAACAAGAAUGACAAUUCGCAAAUAUAUGAAUGUUUGUACAUACAGAAAAUAAAACCUAUAGAUAAGACUCGUAGCAUUAAAAAUAAAAUUAUACCCUUAGAACUCAAAUGACUUAGAUGGAAUAACGCUGAGAAGACAAACUACCGUAGAAAACUGCCUCUCAAAAAUGUCGAUAAACUGCAUUUGACGAGAGAAUAUAAUCGAAAUGGAAAUCACGAUGAUCACCGAAAAUAGGUCAAACCAAGGCAACAUAACAACAAUGGUUAGGAAAAAAAAUCAAUUAAAGCCGAGGGCGAGAAAUCAUGAAAUAUUACUAACAAACCGACGCAGAAAAGAAAAAAAAACUCUAAACAACUAGUGUUUCAAAUUAUGAAAAAAAAAUGAAACUGUAUUUUUGGUUAUUAUAUAAUGAAAAAGAGCUAUUCAUUUUUAUUAAUUAUAUGUAAAAGAAAUCAUGAGAAAAUAAAAGCAGAAAAACUAAA